GCUAUUCAUGUCAUAUAUAUUGACUUGCUCAUUCAUAAUUAGUUUUUGGCUAAAUUUUUAAAUACAAAAUAAACUCUCUUUAAAUUAAUAAAGUAUGGACGAUAAAGAGGUCGUCUACAAUCCGUACAAUAAUCGAAAUGAGGGUUCCCCGAUGUCAAACUUUGGAGCCUUUGUGAGCUUACUGAGCUGUGUGGUUGGCGUGGGAGUCCUGGCCCUACCCUUGGGAUUUUUCUUCGCCGGAAUCUUGAAUGGCCUCUUUCUGCUGAUUGUGCUCGCCCUCCUCCUCAUCCAUGGCAUGCACGUGCUAAUACAUAGUAUGGUGGAGUGCUCUCGCCGCAUGGAAAUCGGUUAUGCCAACUAUAAGGAGUCUGUGGUCUAUGCCUUUAAGCAGGGACCCGGGUGCUUCAGGGGCUGUGCCAAUGCCGCAGGCUGCUUCGUCGACUUGGUGCUAUGCCUCUCCCACUACAGCAUGUGUGUGGUGUACCUUAUUUUCGUGUCCGUUGGCUUUAAAUACAUUUUGGACCAGUAUACUGUGGCAUUAGAUCUACGCAUCUACGUGACAAUAUGUGGACUACUUAGCAUCCCCACUUUCCUGAUCCGGAAGCUCACCAGCCUGGUUUCCGUCAACCUGCUGUCCAAUGUGCUGUCUUACUUCGGCUUCCUGUUCAUGUUCUACUUCCUGUUCAGAGGUCUGUCUCCGAUCACCGAUCGUCGCUUUUUACUCGGCGAUGUACAGAAGGCAGCCCUCUUCCUUGGUAUUGUCCUGUUCUCCAUCAGCUCCGUGGGAGUGAUGCUGGCCAUCGAGUCGAAGAUGGAAACGCCGCAGGACCUCAUCGGUUGCUGUGGUAUGCUCAACAUGUCCAUCCUGGUGGUUUUGAUCUCGUACACAGUCUUUGGGAUCUUUGGCUACUGGCGUUUCGGUGACAAGGUAGCUAGCAGUAUUUCCCUGAACCUGCCCAAACGUGAAAUUGUUGCAAUGGUCUCCAGCAUCAUGAUUAACCUUGCAGUUUUCCUGACUUAUCCGCUUUCCGGCUACGUGGUCAUCGACAUCAUAAUGAACCACUACUGGAACAAGAGUGGCGAACUAAACGGUGCCAAGCUCAAGGAGUUCAUUGUCCGCAUAGUGUUUGUCCUUUUGACCACAUUGAACGCUUUGCUGCCCUUCAACUUAUUUCCGCUGAUUUCGCUGGUUGGGGCCUUCUCCAUCUCCUUGCUGAACCUCAUCUUCCCGGCCCUUAUGGAAAUCUGUCUGUAUUAUCCCCCGGAGUACAGGAAAGACAGGCCAAAGUGGAAGCUGUGGAAGAACAUUUUUCUCAUCAGCCUUGGCACCGUCAUAUUCAUACUCGGCACCUACAUUGCCAUUAAGGAAAUUAUGGAGACUUGGGGCAAGAGCAAUGCCGGUACCUAUGAUCAGUAACAACGGGGAUCCUUGAAAAUCUAAACUCCUCAUUGAUGAAAGAGAAAUUUUGGUACAGAUUUUUCACAUUAAAAUAAUGCUGAUUUUUGACAUUUGAAAGCUUAGUGUAGAAAAUGAUAUUUGAUAUAGUUUUUA